ACAAUUUGCUAAACUGCCGUAAGGUGAAUGUAUAUUUCGAUGCAUUUAUACGACUUCGUAUAAAUACUUGAAGUCUAAUGCCCAAUUUUAUUCAGAAAUAUAUUUUUAAAUUAAUAACGACAAGUGAGAUCACUUCGAUUUAAUAAUACCUUUUAGACUCUGUGAAUAUGGAGCCAGUUACCAAAGUUCCUUUGCCAUUAGAACCCAUCAAAUCAAAUCAAGUGGAAGACAGAAGAUUAUGGGUGGGCAAUCUAGAUUUAAGAAUUAAUGAGUACCAACUCCUAAAACUCGUCCAAAAACAUGGAACAAUCGAAAAGUUCGACCUCCUGUUUCAUCGAUCAGGCCCACAAGCUGGUCAACCUAGAGGUUACGCAUUUGUCACAUAUAAAACUAUUCAAGAUGCUAAAGCAGCCAAAGAUGCUUUACAUAAUUUAAAAGUAGGAGCAAAAAAUAUUAUUGUCAGAUGGGCUCAUAGUGUAACAGAGUCUGAUAUGGAUAAACCAAAACCAAAAAUAGAUAUACCUGCUCUAGCUGGAGCUAAAAAAGAAGAUAAAAGAAUCAGUCGCGAAACUGCAAUUCAAGCUAUAGAAGCAAAAUUGAAGCUGAUGAAAGAAUCAGAAGAAGAAUUUGAAUUGAAUAAACCUUUAAAUGGAUCACCUAUAAUACAUAUGUAUCAAAAGCCAGAAAAUCCAAAGCCGUCCACAUCAACUCGUUAUCAUAAUAGAAGUAGCCAUUAUCACAGUAAUAAGCCAUACAACCGCCACAAACCAAGAAGAUAAUUCAAAUUGUUAUUUUUUUUAAUUUAUAGAGUUACAAUUAAAAAUAAUCAUUUUCAUCAAACUACAUU